CGUACCACACACUCUCCAAGGCUUCCAUUUCCAGCGAUGGAGCUCACAGCAAUGUUGUCCAUGGCAAUGGCCGCCAUCUUGGCCAUCUUCAUCCUCAGCUCCGUCGUCCCGCCACGCGGCCGGAGGAAGGCACUGAACCUUCCGCCGGGCCCGCGGGGGUGGCCGGUGUUCGGCAGCCUCGGCGUUCUGGCGGGCGCGGUCCCGCCGCACCGCGUGCUGGCCGCGCUCGCGGCGCGCUACGGCCCGCUCAUGCACCUCCGUCUGGGCUCCUAUCACACCGUGGUGGCCUCGUCGGCGGAGACCGCCCGCCUCGUCCUCAAGACCCACGACCUCGCGUUCGCCGACCGCCCGCCCACGGCCGCCGGCGAGAUCACCGGCUACGGCUACCAGGGCAUCGUGCACACGCCGUACGGCCCCUACUGGCGCAUGACGCGCAAGCUCUGCGCCACCGAGCUCUUCUCGGUGCGGCGCGUGGACUCGUUCGAGCUCGUGCGCGCGCAGGAGAUGCGCGCGCUGGUGCGCGGCCUGUUCCGGUGCGCCGGCCGCGCCGUCGCCGUCAGGGAGCACGUCGCGGGCGCCACGCUGCGGAACAUCCUCCGCAUGGCCGUGGGGGAGAAGUGGUCGGGCUGCUACGGCAGCGCCGAGGGCGAGGCGUUCCGGAGCACGCUGGACGAGGCGUUCGCGGCGACCGGCGCGGUGAGCAACGUCGGCGAGUGGGUGCCGUUGCUGGGAUGGCUCGACGUGCAGGGCUGCGCGCGGAAGAUGAAGCGGCUGCUCGAGCUGCACGACCGGUUCUACGAGAAGAUAGUGGACGAGCACGAGGAACGGCGGCUGCGAGCCGAUGCCGCCGGCGAGUUCGUGGCGAGCGACCUCGUCGACGUGCUGUUGCAGCUCGCCGAGGAGGACAGGCAGGAGUCGGAGGCCAGGCUCACGCGCGUCAGCGUGAAGGCCUUCAUCCAGGACAUCAUCGCCGGGGGCACGGAGAGCUCGGCGGUGACGAUAGAGUGGGCCAUGUCGGAGCUUCUCCGCCACCCGGAGGCCAUGGCGGCCGCGACCGACGAGCUGGACCGCGUGGUCGGCCGCGGGCGCUGGGUCACGGAGCGCGACCUGCCGGACCUCCCCUACAUCGACGCCGUGGUAAAGGAGACGCUGCGGCUGCACCCCGUCGGCCCGCUCCUGGUCCCUCACCACGCCCGCAAGGACACGGUGGUCGCCGGCUACGACGUGCCCGCGGGCGCGCGCGUGCUGGUGAACGCGUGGGCCAUCGCGCGCGACCCGGCGUCGUGGCCCGACGCGCCCGACGCGUUCCGGCCGGAGCGGUUUCUGGGCGGCGCCAGCGCCGGCGUGGACGUUCGCGGCGCGCACUUUCAGCUGCUGCCGUUUGGGGCCGGGCGGCGGAUCUGCCCGGCGUACGACCUCGCGCUGAAGCUGGUGGCCGCCGGCGUGGCGAGCAUGGUGCAGGGGUUCGCGUGGCGGCUGCCGGACGGGGUGGCGCCGGAGGACGUGAGCAUGGAGGAGCACGUCGGGCUGUCCACGAAGCGGAAGGUGCCGUUCGUCGCCGUUGCCGAGCCCCGGCUGCCGGCGCACCUCUACGACGACGCCGCCGAUUGGUCGGACUUAUUUUUACACGAUUGGCGCACGUUUUCACCAGGUGAAAACAUUAGCCGUCACGUAUCUUCGGACCUUGCUGCUUAAACAGUUUAACUAGUACAUGUGCAAGCUGAUGCAUUGUUCCAAUGUUCAAUAAAGGAUCUCUGUCUACAGCCCUCGAAUUUUUC